AUGGACUUAAAUUUUUUGAGCAGGGGGUAUUUUGGUAAACAGCAUAACAGCCUCCAUUUCUUCUACCGCGUGCAGCCCCAAAUAAGAAAAGAUUUCAAAAUGCAGAAGAACAACUCAGAAUUUACUCGUAGAGCGUGGAAAAUCAUUCGUCUAGCCUUGCUGUGGGCGAGAGAAGGAGGUGUGUUCAGGAAGAGAUUAGCAAUAAGUUUAAAUACACUACCAAACUACAUCAAAAGUCUCCGGCAAGCCGGUCGCAGUGGAGGUUCGCUCAUUUACGGCGAGCGUGAGCUCUCCUUCAACGCCACUCCGCUUAUCCACGUGAAAAUGCAUCGCCCUUCUUCAUUGCAGUUUAAGAUGCCUCAUAUUCCCUGCAUUAAUAAUCCACAGGUAUUGGAUUUUGAACACGAUUUUGAUUUCAAUGAUCGUGAGGAAUUCGAAAUGGACUAUGAUAACGGAGUGAAAGAGAGAUUUUCGAAUGGCGGGGAUGAUGAGGAAAUUGAUUUGAAGGCGGAGGAAUUUAUAGCCAAAUUCUACGAACAAAUGAAGUUGCAAAGACAAAUAUCUUAUCUACAGUACAAGGAGAUGCUUACUCAAGGCACCAGCUGA